AUGGCUCCUAGGCAAAAUUCAACUGACGCAGAUGAUGUUCUAGAGUUCUUAGACUCAUUACCCGAUUCCACGGCGGGGAAGAAAACCUCUAGUGGAAAACAGUCUAAAAACGAGAAGGAUGAAGAUAUCCUGGACUUCUUAGAUGAAUUAGAGCAAACAAAUCUUAAGGCCAGUCCUAAGAAGAAGCAUAGUGAUGUGCCGAAGAAGAUUGACGCAAAAAAAAAUGAUGCUCAUAAGUCUGAUACUAAAGUAACCGCUAAACAGGAUACUGUGGACGAAAGAACUAAUGUUACAAAGGAGACCACUAAACCAAACCAAGAAAAUAAACCAGAUGCUGAAUUGAAAACUGAAACUAGUAAUCAAGAGAAUUACAACGAAGAGAAGUUAAGUGAUCCAAUUUCUUCGAUUUCCAGUUGGUGGAGUUCUAGUGGACAGGCCACUGUUUCAAAUAUAUGGUCUAAAACCACUCAGCAUGCAACACAAAUUAAAGAUCGCAUAGCUCAAGAACAACAUGAAUUGAGUACAAAGUUGAAUACUAACUCUUUUACCUCGAAAUUUGCAAAUGCGAACAUGUUGUCUGAAUUGACAACUCAGCUUACCAAAUUUGUUAUUGGUGAUACUGAAGAGGUACUACGCGUCCACGUUGUCCAUGACUUGGUAAACUUCCACAACUUAUCCUAUCAUAUGGAAUCUCAAUUAGACAAGGUAUUGCGCUCUCAAGUCCAGGGUGGAGUGCGUAUAUUUGUCGAUGAAUGGGACCGUCCAAACGAGUCAAGCACUUUUUCUGGAGAUAGCAGCACUCGUAAACUUAACCUAUUCCAAGGCAAACCAAUAGAGGCUGAUAAGCUGUGCUUGGCAAAUCUCGAUAAUGCUAUUAAAUUGUUUCAGCAUGCUAAGGAAGAGAUGAAGCAAAGACGCGGUUCGAAUGAGCUGGAAGCUAUCGAAGACGAAGAGAGCAGGAUUAGCGAUGUGUUCGUGGGGAUUCUUGCAGUUGGGCAGCAGGCCAAGAACGAAUCAGAAUCCAUCGUGGACUCUACGCAUGCAGGAAGCUUCAACUUUACUUUCCUCUUGAAGGAUGUUUCUAACGAUCUUUCUUUAGUGGUCAGAUCGCAAGGUUUCCCAAUUAGAUGGGUUGACUGGUUGGAGGGCACAUCCGAAUUAAAGUCAAAAGGAAGUGACAAGUCCGCCGAAGGUGAGAUUGAUCCAAGUGAUUGGGUUGUUGAAUGGAUUGAAAACGGACUUGAGCUUGCUAUUGGCGUCUUAGCACAGACAUAUGUCAUAAAAAGAAUGGGUAUCUAA